GGGAUCAAUGGCAUCUGUCAUUCAGGUUGGCAUUGCCUUAGGAAUCGAUAACUGCGAGAACGGUCCAUGCCCCGACCCUGCAGAUGGUUUAGGAUCUGUUCUCUAUGCAGGCCCUUGGACACCUGAAAGCCAUUCUGAUGGUUACUACCAGAACUUCACCGUCACUCUACCGUCUUACCUUACAGAGGGUCCUGCUAUCUUUACGCUCACGCAUUUUUGCCUCCUUGGGGUACGAGAUAUUCAGUGUUUAUCUUCAUUCAUAGUCUGAGGCUGAUCUUAUAGGCGGCUUCUGCCCCGUUCGUUGAAUAUCGCAACGCGACGGUGAACACCGUGUAAACGGUGGACGCUGGAGAGUGAUUUUCAUCAUAUGGACUCGUAUGGGUGCACUGGACUCGGACCUGGACUCGUUAUUUCGUGUCUUCAUUAUGGAGCUCAAGAACUUGAUUGUUAGCGUACUAAUGUAGGAUCGGAAGAAUUUGCUGUUUGUCGUACUUCGCUAGCACUCGUAUAUGCCAUCGAUCGAUGUGAUUACGCAGUCCUACAGAGUGGAUACUGGGAGGUGAAACAAAAAAAUUCUUAGGGACUCUGGUAAAACUUUGGAAUCACUUCUGCUCGCAGCUUGCCAC